CUCUCUCUCUCUCUAACAUUAGCCGAACAAAGGGCAAAAUGGUCAUUUCCUAUACCCACUUCCGCGUCUUUUCUCGAUAAAGCUACUUCGGUAAUCGAAACCGAAACCACUAAAGAAGUUUAUCUCCAAACACAAAUUUACCAAAAUACCGUUUCCCUUGCACAAUUUUACGAAAAUGACAUUCUUUCUGAUCAUCGAAUUUGGGUGAAGAAAUAUCUUUUCUAUCUAAUUGCUAAAAGGAAAAGCAUCAAACUUUGUUUUCAUUUGCUUCUUCUAUCUUCUUCUUUCUCUUCUUCUUGCUUUGAUAUACUUUUUGAUUCCUCUGUUCGUUUCAUGAGAAUUAGAUUUUAAAUGGCAAAAGUUUCGUUCAAGGAUUCUCUGAAAGCUCUUGAAGCUGAUAUUCAACACGCUAACACUGUAGCUUUAGAUUAUCCUCGGGAGAAGGAUGGAGCGCGUGUUCAAAUGAGGCUAUCUUACAAUCCGGCUGCUCAGUUUUUACUUUUUCUUGUACAAUGGACUGAUUGCCAUCUUGCCGGUACCCUCGGUUUGCUCAGAGUUCUUAUUUACAUGACAUAUGCGGAUGGGAAAACCACAAUGUCGGUUUAUGAGAGAAAAACCAGUAUUAAAGAUUUCUAUGCUGUGAUAUUUCCGUCGCUUUUACAACUAGAAAGGGGUAUCACAGACCUGGAUGACCGCAAACAGAAAGAGGGCUGCAAAAUACGGUACAGAAAUAAAGAUGAGACUGAAAAGGUCAAACUCUCGGAGAUUGACAUCGAGAGAGAAGAAGAAUGCGGGAUUUGUAUGGAGAUGAACAACAUGGUGGUUCUACCCAAUUGUACACAUUCGUUAUGCAUCAAGUGUUACCGUGAUUGGCAUGGGAGGUCAGAAUCAUGCCCUUUUUGCCGAGACAGUCUUAAAAGAGUAAACUCAGGAGACUUAUGGAUGUUAAUGGAGAAAUCAGAUACGGUCAAUAUGUAUACAAUUGAGCGGGAGAAUAAGAAGAGGUUGUUUCUGUACAUAGAGAAACUACCUCUAGUGGUUCCAGAUCAAGUGUUUGCGUCUUCUCCUUACGAUUGCCAUGUCAAGUAAAUAAGAAGAAGAAGAGCUUUGGCAAAAGCCGAAACCGGGUCUGGUAAACUUUUAUCUGAAUGUAUGUAUAUAAUGUUUUAGAGUAGUAGUAAGUAAUAUAGUGUAAACAUUUCUGGGGGAAGUCCAUUUCUACUUGCUUUUCUUUUUAUCUGCAUUUGGCUUUUGGUUCCCAAAAACUCUUAUAUCUAUUGUACAUUCAUGUCUGAAUUUAAAACCUCUUCUUCAAGAAGUGGCUUUUUUUU